AUGGCAAAAACUCAUCGGCGGUUAUUUGCAAAUACGCCUCCACAGAUUACCGCGGAAACCGUCCGUGGCGUAACAAUGGAAGGAUUUGCUGUUGAUCGCGGGCCGGCGACGAAGGGAUCGCACAGUUGGACGGAACCGCUGUCCCCGUCAGCCGAAGAUCACGAAGACCUACAUGACCCGUUAGGGGCCACCUACAGAAUUUACAGAAAUCCCCUACCCAGUUCCACAGUCCUUAGCAAUACGGAUGAACUCGUAGUUACUGAGCAACAGAAUGAAGGAACGACGAAGGAAAGAAAACAGGACACAUCCUCUGGCGUCCUCCGUCCUUGCGUAUUUGGCAUCAUAGCGGAUCGGUUUCUAUCUCCGUCCGUUGCACAACGGUGUUGCUUCGCUUUCUCCGGGGCCCCUGAAAGGCGAACGGCUGAGGGUUGCUGCGGCGGAGUCAGAAGGGGUUCUAGUGCAUACAUCUUCAUCGCAGACAAAAUAAUCAUGCCAUAA